GCACCGUCCGACGCGGAUGCAGUUACGGGAGCGCAGCGCGACCCAAUGCAACUCGUCGAACGUCGCAUAUCCGGAGCCGGAUCAAACGUCGAGGCCUGGCCAAGUGGUGCGUGUGCGUGUGUCGCUUCGUCUCCCUCUCGCCUGUCGUCAGCCCGUGGAAACAAGCGAGAGCGAGAGAGAGAGAGAGAGAGAGAGAGAGAGAAAGAUAGAAAGAGAAACCCGCGACGGGGGGCAGUGACGGGAAAAUAAGCCGAGAAUCGAAAGAAAACAAAGUAAAACAAACGCGGAAGAAGAGCGAGGAACGGAGUAAGGAAAAUGGUGAUUUCUUUUGUGCGCGAAUGAAAAGUAAUAACCGCGGGGGUAGAGCGUUACUUUGGGACAGUGUGGGAAGCGACGGGGGAAACGAUCGCGUCGCGAUUCGACUGGAGAAAAAAUUGUGCGAGUACGUCGAAAGGAGAAUCCGUGUUACGUCGUCGUGGCUGUUGCUGCUGCUGUUGUUGAUCAUCGUCGUGCACGCGAGUUCGCGGUUUGUAACUCACGCCCUCCGCGCGUCAACGUCCACCGAGUCGUUCUCCGCUCCGAUUUGAUCGCGCCGCUGACAGCCGAUUCGGUUCCGUUCCGCGAGAGAGGAACCGCACCGCCGCCGUUGAGCAAGAUCGAUCCGACGAUCCAAGGAUCGACGACAGAACGAGUGCAAGGACAGAGAGACUGACCUAGAAACAAGGGAAAACAAAGGAGGAUCGAAAGAGGAAACGAAAGAGGAACGAGCCGGCGUCGUCGGGGAUCUCGAGUUCGGUGGCAGUGAUCGUACGGAACGUCGUUCGGUGGAAAACGUGGGUCCGUCGGUGGGAAUCGCGCGGUGGGCUCCAAUUUCCCGUCACUCGAAUCCUCCCGAAUCGAACACGUCGCGAAGGAAACGGAAAACGAAAAGGGGCAAAGGGAAAACGAGGAACAGGGAGGGAGCGAGAGGAACGGAGAGAAACGGAAAGAGCGAGAGAGACAGGCGGCGCUCUUGAGAGGAUCGGAAGGAUCGAACGGUGGAGAGCAACAGGCUCCUAGCGUGGAAGGAAAACGGUGGAGGGGAGUCACGGUGCAACUGCAGGAGUGUUCGGUGUGCAACCGUCGAUUCCAUUUCGUUAGUUCGCGCUCGAUCUCCUUUUUCGUACGCGUGUCGUCGGUCUAGCGAGCGAGAGCGAGACCUUGUCUCGUCGGUUCGCGGCCGUCGUUUCGUUUUCGCGGUCGCCGCGUCGCGUUUGCCGUCGUUUCGUUUGUUUCGCGCUGUUUUCCUCGGUGCCCGUGAGACCGUAACGCGAGGAGCAACGGAUCUGGAAUCGUGAACACACGGAACACGUGAACAACGGAAGGAGCACGAAGAAUGUCGAGAAUGAUGCCGUUGGAGCGCGGCUACCGGCUCGGCACGAGAGUGGCGAGCCGCUACCAACCACUCUGAGGCUCCGCGGACGAAGAAGGGAGUGUGCGACCCGGUGAAUCUUUUCCGUCGCGAGAGUGACGUUCGAUCGAACGGUUUCUCGGGGCAGAUCGAAACCGAGAUCGAAGGGGUGGAAUCAAAGGAAGAAGAAAGGAAGUAAUAGAGGCAGAACUCGGUGACGAUAGAGUGCACUCUCGGUGUAUUCAGGGCGCAAGCGUGCACGUGUGUCACGCGUCCCCGUGCCCUAACCGUGUCCGAACACGAGGGGGUAGCCGUCGUUCCUCGGCUUUCCCAUCCCUACUCCGUCGGCAUCGCCGCCGUUGCCGCCACCGUUAUCGCCACUGCGACCGCCACCGUCACCGUUGCUGCCGUCGGCUCGCCGUCCCUUCGACCGAGCAACAAGAAGAAGAAGAAGAAGAAGAAGAAGAGGAAGAGAAAGAGGAACCGAACGAGCGCCGCCGCAGCCGACGUAACGACGCCGGCGACGACGACGACCACCAAGACGACGAGGACGACAACGACGACGACGACGACGACGAAGAGGCGGGGAAGGACGUGGACGCGAACGGGGAUCGAGUCAACGACGUACGCGCCGGCGACGAUCAGGCUGGCAUCCUCUGCCCGUUGUUUCUGGAUCGCGUUACCGCGUCACGCGUGACGUUGUAACCGGUGCGCGCUUUAAGAGAGCCGGCACGCACGCCUUUUCCGCCUCGAAUCCUCCUCACGCGUGUCUCGCGCGUUCCACGUACAGAAAGAGAAACAGCGGAGAGAGGAACGGAGAGGAGGAACGUACGACGAAGAGGGGGAGGAUCGAGAAAGCCGGUCAACCAGGGGCGGAAAGGGAGAGACGAGCGAGGGAACAGGGGGAGGCCGAGGACGAGAACGACAACGGCGACGACGACGACGACAACGAGGACGGAGGACGGCUGGAGGCGGACGGGGUGGACGUCCACGCGGGAACUCGAGGCAGGCGCACCCGGCCGGCACGCACACACAUUCAUUCUAAGAUGUGAUUUCAAAAAUGGCGGAUUGCCCCUAUGCCCGCUGCAUACAGGAACGCAGACAUAUCCGACGGGAGCUGCUGCGAUGGACAAAGAAUAUGGUCUUCGUAGUCGGUCUGGAACGGGUAGCGGAGGAGUUGAUGGGCCGUAGGAGAUGGAAGCAAUACCAGGACACCCUGUACAGCGGUACUCGCAGCAGCGAAUCACUGACGGCGCAGCCCCACCACCGAUUAUACCCGGCGUUCUCGUCGUCCUGCGACCCGGUGCCCGGGAACCUGGAACAAAUUGGGCCGCGUGCGAUCCACCCGGCGGCGUCCACCUCGUUACCCACAACGAUAACGACGACAACGACGACGGUGCCGCCGGGUGCGACGAUACCCACGACGACCACAACGGCGACCGCGACGACCACCGCUCCUGGCCUGGUGAAACAGGAGACCCUGCAGAGGCAUCACCUGCAGAACCACCAUCACCUUCAACCCUCCGCGCAAGACCAUCGCCACGGUCAGGAGGAUCGUCGCCUGAAACCGGACGAGAUCAAGGUCGAGGCCGCCGAGGAGGAAUUCGCGAACGGCGUCGGCCGAGACGAGUCGAAAGACACGUCGACGGAGACCACGGGAACGACGACGGCGGCGACGACGACGACGACGGUAACCACGGGUUCGAGUACCACGGCCACCAUGACCACGGGCACCACCACGAUCCCGACGACGAGGCGACGACGCAAACGGCGCCAGAACGACGGAGAUGCCACCGAGGAGGACGAAGAGAACGAGGAAGAGGAAGAGGGAAGGCAGUCCGAGGCGGAGAAGCGGUUAAAGCUCGACGAAGACGUUGUCGACAGGCCCGUCAGUCCUCUCAGAAUCGAGGGGGAUCGGGGUACUCGGGAUCGUACGGCUGCCAACGCUACCGACAUGGAAGGGACCAAGGAACGAGCGGAAGAAGUCGCGUCGGAGCGGAUACCGGUGACGCAAGGGUUGCUGAGAGUGAAGAAAGAGGAAGAGUUGCAAGAAGCCCCGAGUUCUGGAGGCGGCCCGACGAUACCGGGACCGUUGGACGUAGACGGGACCAGGUCGUCGAUGCUGCCGUGCCGGGAGGUUGACGUGACCGCGAGGAACACGGUGACGCCGUUUCUCAUCGGUAGCCGACGCACCAGUCCACCACCGGAAGACUGGAAGCCGUUGGACAAGUGCUACUUCUGCCUGGACGGCAAGCUACCGCACGACGAUCGACCACCUCUUAGCCCGCCGAGCGACAGUAGCAGCAGCUCGCGGUCGGCCGAGUCACCGAUGUCCGCGGUCCAGGUCGACCCGAUGGCGGCCUCGAUGGUCGCCGCGGCCCUCACCGGCACCUACCCCACCUUGUUGCCCCAGUGGUGUCUGCCGUCGAGGGAGGCUCCUCUCGUCGGGGUGCAGCCUCACCAGGACAGCGCUACGCCGGCCGACCAACCUCUCGACCUUUCGGCGAAACCGAAAAAUUCUCAGGAUAACAACAUAUCUCUAUUGGAACAACAGAAAAUACCUCUAAGGAUGACAGCAGGUAUCGACCCCAAGAGUAUCUUUAAUUCUUGUUAUCGGGCGAAACCGCGUAUGACCGGUCCGGUGGCUGCUGUGGCAGCAGCAGCGGCGGCCGCGACAGGGAUCGGUGGUGUCCCCGUGGUGGGUGCCGGGGGUGGCCGGAGGGCCUACACCGAGGAAGAGCUGCAAGCGGCGCUGCGGGACAUACAGAGUGGGAAACUCGGGACGAGGCGGGCGGCCGUGAUCUACGGGAUACCGCGGAGCACCCUAAGGAACAAGGUCUACAAGCUUGCGAUGGAACGCGAAAGGGACGCGUCCCUGACUAGCACCCACUCACACCCUCACGAGCCCGGCGCCCAAGCCACCACCACGACCACCACCAUCAUCACCACCACCACCACUACUACUUCUACUACUACAACACCACCAAAUACGACCCAAAACGCCUCCGCGACCACCACUCCGCCCCCGCAAGUGGAUGAGGUGGACGAGAAAGAACUGUCCGGCGCGGAAGAGGAGAAAGAAGUGGAGAAGGCGCUGCUGAAGCCUUUACUGUCUCUGGAGGAUCUCGUCAGGUUCUCCACCCUCGAAGGAAGCGGUAGCGAGUCCCUCAGGGCGUUGCUGCAACGGGGACAGGCGACGGGCGCCGAGUGGCCGGAUCUCGAACACGCGAACAUCGACCCCUACAUACAAAAGAUGCUCGCGGCAGCUGCGCCGUUCAAAGGCAUAGACGUGAUGCGAAAGCUGAUGAGCGAGGACAAGAGGCUGAACAAGAGCGUGAACGGGGACCAGACGCAGCCGCACCAACAACUUCAUCACCACCUCGCGUCCCAGGCGCAGUCGCAGACCCAGCAGCAACAGCAGCAGCAACAACAGCAACGGGGCCCGAUAACGAACGACGACUUCAACCCGAACAUCGAGGAGGAGGCGAGCGACAGCGCUCAGGGGAGAGCGAUCCUCAAGAUUCCGUCCUACAAGCCCGCGAGCACGCCCGGAUGUUCGAGCAAGAACGGCGACCCCGGCGCGUCGGCCGCGUUCGCGCAAGGUUUCGCGGCCGCGGCUUCGAGUCCCGGCCUCCUGGAACGAGUCAGUCCAGCGUUCUCCGGUACCAGCAGUCCGACGAACUCGCUCGGGAAGACGGUGGUCAACUUCCGGGACGUGAUAGCGAAGAGCAUCAGCGUCAAGUUCCAAGAGGGCCAGACGGCCGGGAUGCCGGGUUGUCAGCCGGCAGGGGUGGUGCAGUCGCAGCAGACGAUGCUGACGGAUCCGAGCCCGUUCAAGAGGGGAAGGUACACGCCGCCUCAGCCAGCCACCGCGCAACAGUCCCAGACGCAGGCGAAGUCGCAGUCGCAACAGCAGGAGGCGAACAAAUCGAAACCGGCGACCGGCGGCAAGGGCACGAGACCGAAGCGCGGCAAGUACAGGAAUUACGACAGGGACAGUUUGGUGGAGGCCGUACGAGCGGUUCAACGGGGCGAGAUGAGCGUGCACAGAGCUGGCAGCUACUACGGAGUGCCGCACUCCACCCUCGAGUACAAAGUUAAGGAGCGGCAUCUGAUGAGGCCGAGGAAGAGGGACCAGAAGCAGGCGGACGACAAGGCGAAGGACACGACGAGCGCCUCGACGGCCGCGGCAGCGGUGAACAUACGACCGGGCACCGCGGCGGACAAGAAGCCGCAGAUGAAACCUCAGAAGCCGUUCACGCCGCCGGGAGGCAUACCGGGACCGAACGGGAUGAAGAUGCCACCGUUCAUGGAGGGCAUGCCCUUACCGUUCACCCCGUUCAAUUUCUGGAGUCCGCCGCCGCCGUUCAUGCCGUCACCGUUCAUGGCGGGCACCGCGAACGUGCCGGCGAUCUUACCGGAACAGUACUUCGCCAGCAGCCGGAUUCGCGGGCUGCAGGAACAGCAGAGGAACGCGGCGAUGGUUCAGCAACACCAGCAGAGAGACCGGGACGGUGUGGCGGCCUCGGAAUCGGCCGGCAGUUCGAACUCGCGCGGCACGCCGCUGAGCAAGACGUCGCGGGAGGACAGCUUGUACGACGGCUCGGGGGCGAACGGUAGCUUCCUGGACAAUUUGAUCAGGUCGAGCCUCGAGUCGGGUAUACCAAGGGACCAGAGGGUGAUGACAGACGCGAGGAACCAGCAGUCGUCCUCUUCGUCCUCGCAGCAGCUACCGGAGAUGAGGAGCAAGGCGUUGAUCGAUCAGUUGUGCCGAAAUUCGAGGAGGACGCCGAUUCCGAGGUUGGCGCAGGACAGCAGCGAGGACGAGAGCUACAGAGGGCCGUCGGCGAGCGGGAGGUCGCUCCCGGAGAGACCGGAACGGGUGCCCACCGUAGAUCUCAGCCCGUCGCCGUCGGAUCGCGGCCGCAACGACGACGGCAGCGAUCGUCUCACGUCGCCCCCGACGCCGCUCUCGGUGUCCCGUGCCGGGAGCAGGGACGAGGACAGCACCCGGGACAGUGGUAGGGUGGAUCGGAGCAGCAGGGAACGGGAGAUUCACAACGGUGGACAGGAGGAUCGCGACAGAAAGACUCUGACCGUUCAGCAGCAGCCGCAGCAACAGUCGCAGCAGUUGAAUCACUACCCGGACUUACACAAUCUCUACGCCGUAUCAACUGACAAAAAAAGUGCCUGUGAUAGUAAGCUUAUAGUAGAUCAUUCAAGCCAGAAGACUCAGCAACAGCAGCAGCAGCAGCAGCAACAGCCACAGCAGCAACAGAAGGAGUACGGUGCGGUCAGCGGACUGGUCGUUCAACGGGGCUACGGUACCGGUAGCAACAGGUCCGCGAACGAGCCGACGAACAACAACAACAACAGCAACAACAACAACAACAACAACAACAACAACAACAACAACAACAACAACAACAACAACAACGGCAGCGGCCAGCAGUCGACGGAGCAACGCGGGCCCAUGAUCGCUAUGGAAGACUCCGUCGAGCAGUAGGGAAAAAAGUCGGUAUCGUUGAGAUUUCAUUAAUAGUGUGUGAAAUAACGAUCCGUGUAACGAGCCACGGCAAGCUCGCAGCUCCCGGCUCCGGUAUU